CUCGGAGGCUACCACAAUUCUCGGGUCACAGCCGUUGAAAAAACAAAAAAAGAAAAAGGAAAAAAAAGAAAAACUUCCUCUUCUUCGUCCUCUCCAACUUCGUCCCCGUCGCAUCGGAAACCCUAAUCGCGUUCGCUAGAUCGAUCGACUUUUUCCUGAUUUUGAGGAUCUUCCAAUGGCGGAGAUUGAGUUGAAAACUGCACCAGCUGACUUUCGCUUUCCUACAACAAAUCAAACCAGGCACUGUUUCACUCGAUACAUUGAGUAUCACAGGUGUUUGAUUGCUAAAGGUGAAGAGUCUAGUGAUUGUGAGAAAUUUGCCAAAUACUAUCGAUCAUUGUGCCCGGGAGAAUGGGUUGAGAAGUGGAAUGAGCAGAGGGAGAGUGGAACCUUUCCGGGGCCACUCUAAUUGUGCAGAUUCUCUCUGCUCUUGAAUCAAUCUGUUUUCUCGAACCUAUGUUUCGUUUACGGAGUUCUUGGAUCUGAUACUCUGCAGUUGUUUAAGUUGUAAUGCUUUGUGCAGCAAUAAGAUUUUGAACAAAAUCAGAGUUGGCGUCAAUGUGUGUUUUCUCAAACCCUAACCUUUGUGAACAAGUUUAAUUUCCGGUGCAUCCUUCGUAUCUGUUUACCGAAA